AGCACCAGCGUCGCUGCCAUGUCGUCCCAGAUGCGUGCCGUACGCAGCAAGAUGGAGGAGGACGAGCAGCUGCGUGUCCUGAUGGCGGGCUUUCGUGGUUCCAACUUGAACGAGGACGACUUUGCUUCCUCGGGUGUACGCAUGGAGCUCAUUGAGACGGACUCUGACAGCGAUCAUCAGUUGCCGCUGGUGUACGACGUGGACGCUAUUUCGGCCUACUGGGACCGCAGGCCGGUAUCCGUCAUUACACGCAUCGCGCAGCUGCUGGGCAUCUCUGGUCGCUUCAUUACGGGUUUGCUCGUGGAUGCGGCUGCCGGGAAACUGCGGGAGAACGAGGUAGCCCGGGCCAUUCAGCUGAGGGACAUUGUCACCAGCCUGGGCCCCGCAUACAUCAAACUGGGACAGGCUCUAUCCAUCCGGCCCGACCUGCUUAGUCCAGCCGCCAUGAACGAACUUCAGAAGCUGUGUGACAAGGUGCCGUCCUUCGACAACAAGUUAGCAAUGCAGGUCGUCCAGGACGAACUGGGCGCGCCGUGGUAUGAAAUUUUUGCAGAGCUCACGCCUGAGCCCAUUGCAGCGGCCUCGCUUGGCCAGGUUUAUAAAGGCAAGCUCAAGACUGGUGAGACGGUUGCCGUCAAAGUGCAGCGGCCGUAUGUGUUGGAGACUGUCACCAUUGAUCUGUACAUUAUUCGGAAGCUGGGCAUCUUCCUCAGGCGCUUCCCACAGGUGACCACCGAUGUUGUUGCCUUGCUUGACGAGUGGGCGGCUCGCUUUUUCGAGGAGCUGGACUACGUGCACGAGGGCCGGAAUGCGGAGCGGUUCGCAGAGCAGAUGAGGCAGGACCUGCCGCAGGUGGUGGUUCCCCGCACGUACUUUGAGUACACCAGUCGUCGUGUGCUUACCACUGAGUGGCUUGAGGGUGAGAAGCUGAGUCAGUCCAAGGCGAAUGAUGUGGGUCAGCUGGUCAACGUGGGCGUCAUUUGUUAUCUCAAGCAACUGCUGGAAACCGGGUUCUUCCAUGCGGAUCCACACCCGGGUAACCUCAUUCGCACCCCGGAUGGUCGUUUGGCUAUUUUGGAUUUCGGUCUGAUGACGGAGGUGGAUGACGAUAUCAAGUACGGCAUGAUCGAGGCCAUUAGUCAUCUCAUCCACCGUGAUUACGAUGCGAUUGUCAAGGACUUCGUGACAUUGGAUUUCAUUCCAGAGGGUACCGACCUUCGACCCAUCCUGCCGGUGCUGGCCAAGGUGUUUGACCAGGCGCUGGAGGGCGGCGGCGCCAAAAACAUCAACUUCCAGGAGCUCGCCGCUGAUCUGGCUCAGAUCACCUUCGACUACCCCUUCCGUAUUCCGCCCUACUUCGCCCUCAUCAUCCGAGCGAUUGGCGUACUGGAGGGCAUAGCACUGGUGGGCAAUCCCGACUUCGCGCUGGUGGACGAGGCCUACCCUUAUAUCGCCAAGAGGCUGCUCACGGACGACUCGCCUAGACUGCGCGCGGCACUGCGGUACAUGGUGUACGGCAGGGACGGUGUCUUUGAUGCUGACCGGCUUAUCGAUCUGCUGGGGGCUCUGGAGCAGUUCGUGGAAUCCUCACAGACUGCCAUGGGGAACCUAAACAGCGAGAGCAGCCUGAACAGUGCAAGCAGCCUGAACAGUGUGGAUGGGGAUGUGGGGCCGUCUGCGCAGCGGGCAUCCCUGCAGCUUCAGCAGCAGCCUCACCGCACUCGUGCCGCCCUACGCUUCAUCUUCUCCCCCGAGGGAGCCUUGUUUCGGGACUUCAUGUUGGACGAGCUGGUCAAAAGCAUUGAUGCGCUCAGUCGGGAGCAGGCGCUGGCGCUGCUACAGGUGGGGUUGGGUCUGCAAGGGGCACAGAUUCCGCUGCUUCUGCCUGGCUCCUCCCGCUCCUUCCUUUCCCUGGCGCCCACCCUGACAUCCGAGGAUCGCCGAGUGGUGGACAAUGUGACCAAGAUUAUGACAUUUUUGACCCGUGGGUCACUAGGAACCCAAAGCCAGGUGGAGCAGGGCCCUGUGCGCAUGGUUUCGGAGGGCGCGGCUGUGGCCGGGGAGUUGUUGCCGGUGCUCCCAGCUGUGGCCACGGAGGUGGUACCGCAGGUGGUUUCGCGGCUGGCUAGCAGGGUGGCGGCCAGGACCGUAAGGGAAGUCUUUGUG